AAGUUUUAAUGUUUUUCUGUAAGUUGAAACUCUUUGAAUCACUUUCAAUUCUUUGGUAAACCAAUCAUUACUUGAAAGUCAAUUGAUUCUCAGCAAGUUUUUUGUUUGUGUUUAUGAGUUUCUUGGUCAAAUGAACCUCAAAGGUUUGUUUUCCGAGUAUACACUCUAUGCUGACACUGAUGAUGCAAUUAUUGUAUUCUUAUCAAUCAGCAUUAUGCCUAGUUUAACUAAAUUUGCUUAACAAAACAUCAAAAGAAAUUCCCUUUGGUCGCAUUGAAUCCUCUAUCCUCAACAGUUUUAAGUGAUUUGCACUGUGCCGAGGAAAGUGCUGACGGAAUGCCAAACUGGUUGUUGCCAAACUGCCGACAGCGGGCCAUCGCUCACCUCCCACGCCCGCUGGCUGAUGCUUCUUUGUGGCUGCCUUUGUGUUGUUGCGUUUAAGGCCAGUACUGACUAAUAGCGCCACUUGUUACAGUGUGUCACACAUUCGCUAGUGCUUGGGUUCCGUUCUGCCAGCAAAUCGCAACUACUGAAGAAUGGAGCGACGCGGCCGCAUUCCGGUGGCCAAGUUCCGCACCCAGGAGGCCAAGACCCGCAGCCGGAGUCGCGUGCGGGAGCCGGACUACAACGAGCAGGACCCGGAGCACGACAUGUUCACCUUGCUGGAGGACAACAUCGCCCUGAGGGAAGAGAACAAGGCUCUCAAGCUGGAGAUCGAAACACAUAAGACCACGCAGGAGGAGCAGCAGGCUCAGCACGAGAAGAUGUGCGUGGCGCUGGAGUCGCUGCAGCAGCAACAGACCAAUUUCGAGACCCAAAUCAAGGAGCUGAGCUCAAAGUUCAACAAGGCUCUCAAUGAGCGGAACGCUUUGGACAAGCUGCACAAAAUGAAAGUCGAUCAGAUAAACAGCCUCACCAGCGAGCUGGAGCACAUGCGUGAGAAGCAACAGGAUCAGACCGCUCAGUUGAGUCCCCGUCCCGUCUUCGGAUCCGUGGAGCUCAAGCGAAAGCUUUUCAAGAUUCUGCAGUCGGGCAGCGCAGACAGCGCCGACAGUAUCGGCACUCAAGAGCUCGACAGUCUGGUCGAUGUCAACUCAGAUGGAGUGCCCAUCACCAGCGGACUUGUGGAACGACUGGCCGAUGAGUUCCUGACUCUCAAGCAUGCCACGAAUGCCGUGGAGCUCCAGCUGUACGAGGCCAACGAAAAGAUGGCCGAACUAUUGGAGCAGCAACACUCACUGGAGGAGGAAAACGAAUCGCUGCGCACGGAGAACAGCAACUUGACGAAAGUGGCCAAGUUGCUCACGGAGAACAUGAAGGAGAGUGUGGAAACUAGCCAGAAGAUGGAGGCCGCUCUGAUCAAGUUGAAGCAGCGCAAUGAUGAACUCACGGCAAAAACACGCGAUCUGACCGAUGGCCAGCCGGGAUCCAGGACGAGCACCACGUCCAGCGUUCUGAACGAGCAGGUGGAGUUCGAGGAGAUCCAGGACCAGGUGCAACAGCAGGCCAGGGAGCACAACGAGCGCAUUGUGGAAAUGCAAAGUCUAAUGGAUGCGGCUAUAGCCAAAACUACUAACGAUGAACUAAAAAAAUUACAACUUAAGUUGGAGAUACUCGAGGAGCAGCUGCGCGAGGCAGUGACGCGAGCUGAUCACGCCGAGGAGCAACUGGCGCGCUACCAGCGGUCCGAGCAAAAGGCGCUGGCUGCUCCAGCUCCACCACCACCACCUCCUCCGCCUCCGCCUCCACCACCGGCACCACCCAUGCCGGGCAAACUGUUUGGGGCCGGUGGCUUGGGAGCAGCUGGCGGGGAUCGCGGCGGGAGCAGCCUCAGCGACCACAUUGCCGGACAUAGCUUGCGUAAGGGCAGCGGCGACAAGAUCAUCGACAAUGUGAAGCAUCAGGUACAGGCCGAGGCAGCAACAGGUCUUGACGCUUUAGUGCGAGAGUUCAAGUCGGGCGGCGUGACCCUGCGGAGGCGCAAUCGCCGCAAGACGGGCACCAGCGAGGCCCUCAAGGAGAUGUUCCAAGUACUAGAGAUAAGUCAGAAGCAGAACCGCAACUCCAAGAUUUGCGUGGACCUGCACUCGGCCCGCGGAGUUGAUGUCUAAUCCCGUUCCUGCCAUUUUUCUUACCCACUCUCUUACACUUUGGUCUCAAAUCUCAGGACCCAGCUGUCCCUGAACAACGAACAUUCCGUGCAUUUUCAAAACCGUAUUAUUGUGUGCCUUUCAAGGAGGAAACCGAAGCCAUUUUACAAUUUACUAAGCUUAAGCACAACUUUCGAAAUGGAACUACUACAUACUACUUUAAUUUAUAUAACUAUUGAUUUACCCAACAAUUUUUUGUUUAUAACCAACUUUUACCCGGCCCUGGUUAAUGUGUUCAUUGAAACAGGUUUCGCGUUAUACUAAUCAAAGAAACCCCAACAACAUAUUUUUAAUAAACGUUUU